AAAUCAAUAGUAAUUUGGCAUUGACCUUGUUUCCACAAUAUUUAGUUAUUAGAUACAAAAUUACCAACACCACAUUUCGAAUACAUAUUUUUUCGAAUUACACUGCUUAUGUACAUUGCUGAAAAAUAUAAAUUAGCUGGCAAAAGUGCAAUUCAACAUCAGUUACUCAUUGAACUCUGAACCCGAUACAGCUACUGCUACAGCACGGCCACAUAAUGCGUUUCGCCAUAACUUUAUUUGCAAUUUUUGCUACUUGCGCCGCCUUGACCAUUGCAGGACCACUUCCCUAUAAGCAACAUUUCGAUGGAUCUGGAUCUGGCAGUGGAGGCAGUGGUCAUGCUACCAGUUAUGCAGUUGUAACCAAACACGAAGAUACGGCUGGCGGUGAACAUGGUGGACAGAAAGGAUAUGGCGAUGCUAAAAAUGAUCACUAUGGAGGUCAUGGUCAUGGCCAUGUAGAUGGUCAUGGUGAUGACUACAACUCCCAUCCCAGAUACGAAUUCGCCUACGGUGUGGAAGAUUCAAAAACUGGUGAUGUGAAAGAGCAUCAGGAAUCUAGGGAUGGCGACAAUGUUAAGGGAAGCUAUUCCCUAAAGGAAUCAGAUGGCACAACUCGCCUUGUCACCUACACCUCUGACAAGAAGAACGGCUUUGAGGCUACUGUUCAUAAAAUUGGUCAAGCCAAUGGUGCUGGCGGAAAAGCUGAACAUAGUGGUUACUACGAUCACUGA